AUAAAACGUCACUGUGACCGAAAGCGUCCUCAAAAUUGGAGUGUGUUUACUUUGCAUUUCGCGUCCUCCAAAAUUUGUUCCAAUAUUUCAGACGAAAUUAGACCUCUAGUGCGCUAACUUGGCCAAGCUGCAAUUGCCGAGAUGGCCCAGAACAAAACGGAUUUGAUGGCCGUUCUGGCUGUGCUGAAAAAGUACAAUUUGAAGGGAACGGAAGACAUUCUGAAAAGGGAAGCUAGUUUGUCGGAUAUUCCGGAAAAUGCUGCGGGGGAAGCGGACGUGAACAGUGUAUUAGCUGCUUACAAAAGUGAAGGCGAUCCGGAUAUUUACGAAAAUUCGUACAUGGAGUUGCGUCGGUUUGUGGAGGAAUCGCUGGAUAUUUACCGGCACGAGCUGGCCCUGAUCCUAUAUCCGGUGCUGGUCCAUAUGUAUAUAGAAUUGGUUUAUAACAGCCAUGAGGAACAGGCGAAGAAGUUGAUUUCGAAGUUUGGCCCUGAGCAGGAAUAUUACUACCAGGAUGAGCUGACCAAACUGGCCAUGGUCACAAAACGAGAUCAGAUGAGCGGAAACGAUCUGACGGAUACGUUCAAGUCUAACGCUUUUACCAUACGGAUUUCAAGAGAUACAUUAUCAUUGCUGAAGCGGCACCUACACGAAAAGAAAGCGUCCGUCAUUUUAAACAUCGUAAACGAACAUCUGUUUUUCGAUCUGUACGAGGGAGUUGCUCGGAACAAGGCACAAUGUGAUGCCACUUCCGGUGCGAUGAUAGGUGAGGCCAAACGACUCGACAACAAAGUAAAGGUUUACUAUGGCUUGUUGAAAGAACCGGACGUUCAGACCCUAGUUCAAGCUCCCCCUGAAGAAGAUGAUGACAUGGAUCCGGACGCUCCGGAUAAGCCUAAAAAGAAGAAGCCCAAAAAGGAUCCUCUGUUUUCGAAGAAAUCGAAAUCCGAUCCCAAUGCACCGCCACUUGACCGAAUUCCGCUGCCCAAGUUGAAAGACGUAGACAAGGUGGAGAAGAUUAAGGCCUUGAGAGAGGCGUCCAAGAGGGUGAAUCUGGGACCGGACUGUUUGCCGUCCGUCUGUAUGUACACACUGCUGAAUGCGAAUUAUACAGUAACUUGCGCCGAGAUAUGCGAAGACUCCAGUCUUAUUGCCAUAGGCUUUUCCGAUUCAUCCAUCAAAGUGUGGUCUCUGUCGCCUAUCAAGUUGCGAGAGAUGAAGGCGGCGGAUCUCUUGAAGGAAAUUGAUCGCGAUGCCGACGAUGUACUGAUACGGAUGCUGGAUGAUCGCAAGGCGGAAACCAGUCGGAUGUUGUACGGCCACAGUGGUCCCGUGUACCGCACUGCAUUCUCGCCGGACCGCACCAUGCUUCUGUCAUGUUCGGAGGACUGCACCGUUCGCCUGUGGUCGCUGCAUACCUGGACCUGCGUGGUGGUGUACAAGGGUCAUCAGUUCCCGGUUUGGGAUGUUCGCUUCUCGCCUUAUGGACAUUAUUUUCUCAGUUGUUCGCAUGACAAAACCGCUCGACUGUGGUCCACGGAUUCCCACCAGCCGCUGAGAAUCUUUGCAGGGCACCUUUCCGACGUUGAUGUUUGCAUUUUCCAUCCGAACUCAAACUACGUAGCUACCGGGUCGAGUGACCGUACCGUUCGCUUGUGGGACAUUAGCGUCGGAAACCACGUGAGACUGAUGACUGGUCAUAAGGCACCAAUACAUUCACUGGCGUUUUCCAUUUGCGGACGCUAUCUGGCCUCAGGUUCGGCAGAUUGCCGCGUUCUGGUUUGGGACCUGGCCCAUGGUCAUCUGAUCGCGGCUCUCUGCGGUCACUCUGCAUCCGUCCACUCACUUUGCUUCAGCCGUGAUGGAACUCUGCUGGCCACCGGCGGACUUGAUUGCUGUCUCAAACUGUGGGACUUUUCCAAACUGUGCGAAGAUAUCAGUGGCGAGAAUGUAAAUGUGUCGCACAAUCCUGAUGUCCGCGAUGGGGAACCCUAUCUGGUGCGAUCGUUUCCUACGAAGCAGUCGCCGUUUCUCACAUUACACUUCACCCGGAGGAAUCUACUGCUGGGUGUUGGCAUGUUCGAUGGAUCAGCCUAAGGUAAGUGAAACGAGUUCAUUCCGGAUGUGCGUCUGAUCGUGUUUAUCAAUUUAGUAUCGUAUUAUUCUACGAGCAAUAGAUGUAUUAAACAGUGA